GUGAGCCAUUCGUCCUGUUAAAGAAGGGGAUUAGGUAAGCUCUAGCAAUUCCAGUUCAGAGAGAGAUGGCUAUUCUUCUCCAUCACUGCUUCUCUUCAUCUGUAAUCGCUCUUCCCAGCAGCGGCAUUAGCAACAAACCCAAAUCAUGUUUAUCCUCCGUCAGCGGCAGUAGAAGUUCUUGUUUCUCUUCUCUAAGCUUCUCCAACAAUCUCUCCCUCUCCCAAUAUGGUUUUCUCAAAGGGGGUCUGUCGAUGAGGCCAAUCGAGGGAUCCCCACGCCGUCAGUCUAUUGUAUGCGAUGCCGCUCCAGGGAAAAAGCCAGACUCGGCUGAGAAGAGAGCUCGCCAGGCCGAGAAAAGGCGUCUUUAUAACAAGGCCAAGAAAUCCGAGGUUAAGACCCGGAUGAAGAAGGUGUUUGAAUCACUAGAUGCAUUGAAGAAGAAGACAGAAGUGCAGGCAGAAGAAAUCCUUCCGGUUGAAAAACUAAUAGCCGAAGCAUACUCAGCCAUUGACAAGGCAGUGAAAGCUGGUACACUGCACAGGAACACAGGAGCACACAGAAAGUCACGUCUGGCUAGGAGAAAGAAGGCUGUGGAGAUCCACCAUGGCUGGUACACUCCCGCUGCAACUGCCUAAAAAGCUGGUAUUUUAAGAACUUUUGUUUUCAUGUAUGUUUAGUGAGCUGUUUUUUUUUUUUUUUUUUUGCUGUGUUAAGAUGUUUUCUUUCCUAUGCCAUGUACUGAUCUUUUUACAUUCCAUGACUUUUAUGUGGGAGGGCUUUAUGUGGAUUCCACAUGGAGGAAAUAUACAAUGUUAAAUUGAGUUUUGUGGGGCCCA